CAAAAGCAAAACAAAAAAAUGGUCAAGGUUGUUAACAAAUCAUACAAACCAAUACUCCCAUAUCUAAGCCGUUUUCUUUGAUCUAUACCCAACAAACAUUCAAAACCUAAACAAAAAAAUACAAAGCUCUCUUCUACAAACAAUAACAUUUUUCUCCAUUUAAAAAAAAAUGCAUCGAUCAGCAAGCUGGACUAGAGCCGAUGACUACUACAUGCACUCGUCACCGAAGGCUGCGGCGGGGCUAAGAAUGUCAUCGUCGAAUGAAUCGAAUGAACUGCCGGAGUAUGAUCCGAUUGUCGAAAUGGCGAAGAAGGAGAAAUCACAUCUCAAGUUUGCUGAAAAUGCUGUUCAUUUUAUUCCUGUUGUUCUCCUUCUUUGUGGUUUUAUUUUAUGGUUCUUCUCAAAUCCAGAUGUAAAUGUGGGAAAUAAACCCGAAUCCAUAGCUUCAAGAAUCGAAGGAUUGACAAUCGAAGGAGACAUUGAUACAGACAGUGACGGCACACAAACAGGAUUUUUACCGAUUGAUUCAGUCGAAAUUGAAGCUUCUAAACACCUAAAAAAUCGUCAUGAUACUGCAAGAAAAUUUGCCACCAAAUUUAAUUGAUGCUGUCAACUACUAUUUGGGCGAAGAAUUUGCUGAUACAUCCUCCAAUUUCUGCAAGCAUUAGGGACUGGACUGCUCAUUUUAGAAAUCCGUUGGCUUAAUUUUCAAUUUCACUUGGAUUGCAUUUGUCCAGCGAAUGUUGAUUUUGUUUAUUGUUUUACGCUACUCUUGUGGAGUAGAAAUUUUUGAUUUUCAAUCAUCUUAUGCAGUGUUUUUUGGAAUUUU